AUGACUGCUGUUCUAUUAUUUUGCUUCCUCCUCUGUUUCUCUUUCACCCCUUCUCUGCAACACGUCAGCGAGUCUGAGCCGCUAAUGCGGUUCAAAACCUCGGUGAAUAUAACCAAAGGGGACCUGAAUUCAUGGAGAACUGGAACCGAUCCUUGCAAUGGCAAAUGGUUUGGGAUCUACUGCCAAAAGGGUCAAACAGUCUCUGGUAUUCACGUCACCAGGCUCGGUCUCUCUGGGAUCAUCCAUGUCGAGGAUCUAAAAGACCUUCCAAACCUAAGGACAAUCAGGCUUGACAAUAAUCUUCUUUCGGGCCCACUCCCACCUUUCUUCAAGCUCCAUGGCCUUAAAUCGCUCUUAGUGUCAAACAAUAGCUUUUCUGGAGAGAUCGCUGAUGAUUUCUUCAAGGAUAUGCCACAACUUAAGCGGGUAUUUUUAGAUAACAACGAUUUCACUGGGAAAAUUCCCAUUUCCGUGAUGCAACUCACGGGCCUCGAGGAGCUUCACUUACAAGGAAACCAGUUCUCUGGUGAGAUACCUUCGGUUACAGAUGGCAACAAGAAUCUGAAAUCCCUCGACCUCUCCAACAAUAACCUGGAGGGAGAGAUCCCAAAGAGUAUAGCAGAAAGAAAUAAUCUAAAGAUGAACUUUCAGGGAAACCAGAGGCUUUGUGGGCAUCCGCUGAAUAUCAAAUGCGAUGAUAAACCACCAACGUCAGGCAAAGACCCGAACGAGGUCACCGGGAAAGCCGUCUUUAUGGUCAUUAUUUUUCUUUUGAUAUUCUUGAUCUUGGUGGCAAUUAUAACAAGAUGGAAGAAGAAGAGGCAGCCCGAGUUCCGAAUGCUUAGCAAGGACCACCUAAGUGACACUGAAAGCGUGGAAGUGCGCAUGCCAGACUCUGUUAAGAAGACUGUUGAGUCAACAAAGAAGCGCAGUAACGGUGACGGAUCCUCUAAAAAAGGUUCAACGCAUCAUGGGAAAGGUGGAGGAGGAGGGGGCAUGGGAGACAUUAUAAUGGUGAACAGCGAGAAAGGUUCCUUUGGUUUACCCGAUCUCAUGAAGGCAGCGGCCGAGGUGCUAGGCAACGGUAGCCUUGGGUCGGCCUAUAAGGCCGUCAUGGUCAACGGAUUAUCUGUUGUUGUAAAGCGGAUUAGGGAUAUGAACAAGCUGCCACGUGACUCAUUCGAUGUCGAGCUACAACGUUUUGGGAAACUACGACAUCCUAACGUUCUUACCCCUUUAGCUUAUCAUUACCGUCGCGAAGAAAAGCUUGUUGUCUCUGAAUACAUGCCUAAAGGCAGUCUGCUCUACGUUUUGCACGGGGAUCGAGGGACUUUUCAUUCUGAGCUAACUUGGCCAACAAGGUUGAAGAUCAUAAAAGGAGUAGCACUUGGGAUGCAGUUCUUGCACGAAGAGUUUGUGUCCUAUGAACUUCCCCACGGAAAUCUUAAGUCCAGUAACGUUCUAUUAAAUGAAACCUAUGAGCCACUGAUCAGUGAUUAUGCAUUUCUCCCGUUUCUUCAGCCUGACAAUGCCUCGCAGGCGUUAUUCGCUUUUAAAUCCCCCGAAUUCAUUCAAAACCAUCAGGUUUCACCAAAAUCAGAUGUAUAUUGCCUCGGAGUUAUCCUUUUAGAGGUCAUGACGGGAAAGUUCCCUUCGCAGUACCUAAACAAUGGUAAAGGUGGCACGGAUAUCAUUGAAUGGGUGCAAUCUUCAGUUGCGCAGCAUAAAGAAGAAGAGCUUAUUGAUCCAGAGAUAUUGAGUAAUACUGAUUCGUUGCAACAAAUGGUGGAAUUGCUGCGGAUUGGUGCUGCGUGUAUUGCAAGUAAUCCAGAUGACAGAGGAAACAUGAUGGAAAUUGUUACAAGGAUAGGACGAGUUACGAUAUGA